AUGCCUGUUUCCUUUAUGUCCUCUCUGCAGAUGACGGUGGCGUCUCCCUGCACCCAGGGCCUGGUGGACAGCUCUCAUCCCCAGGCGCUCCUCAGCAGGCUCAACGAGCAGCGCUCCCAGGGCCUCUUCUGUGAUGUCACCAUCGUGGUGGAAGAUGUAAAGUUCCGGGCUCACCGGAACAUUCUGGCUGCCUGCAGCGGAUACUUCCGCAGCGCCUUCACCUCCCCUGAGGUGUGGACUUCCAGCCAGGUGCUGGAGCUCAUGGACCUGAGGUCUGAGGUGUUCGCCAGCAUCCUCAACCUCAUCUAUUGUUCCAAGGUGACAUCAUCACCUAGCACAGAGGACACUAGAUGCCUGAUGGCAGCUGGAAAAAGACUGGGAAUUCCCUUCUUAGAGAAACUGGUGGAACAAGACAGGCAGGGCUCAGGUGGGCCAAAGAUCCAGACCUCAACCAACCCUGUUAAGACCACAGGCCGUAGUAAGGCCCGUGGGCCCCGUAAAGCGAAGAAGGAGACCUCCAGGCCAGAUCAGCUGGACAGUGCAAGAGGCCCGCGGAUCACCAAUGCUUUCUCUAUCACUGAGGUGGGUCCCGGGAACAACCUCUUCACCCCACUAGACCUGCACAGUGGGGAGAGGCAGUCCCCUGACCUUGGACAGACCCCAGCGGGCUGCCCUGUCCCCUUCCCCCUUGCGGUGGACAAUGAGCCCAUGCAGGCACUGUCAGAGCACUCCUACGCAGUCAUCAGCCAGGGACCCAGGGCCCCUGAGCACAGGGCUGGCAACCAGGAGGACAACAAGAAGCACACCAAACCCACACAGUCCCAAUCAAGGCAACUAGCCAACAGGAAUAGUGGCCCACUCAAAAAGCGCCACAGACUACGAGCCGCCUUGAAUAAAUGCACACCUCUAACACUGGCUGUAGCACUUGAACCUGUGCAUCCUACUGGAAGCAGCCCGUUAUUAAUUAAGCCCACUGUACAACCUGUGGGAACGUCACCCCCGUCAUUAUACCCGCAGACAGAUGUGCAUACAAGCAGGGCCAAUGAGCUGUCUCUAGCCAUGGAUAAUGGCUACAGGGAGCUGGACCCACCUCCACUUUCACCCCACACGGAAGAUAGCAUAUCAAUCUAUGGCUGUGAGCACUGUCCAGAGAUAUUCACCAACAAAGCACUUCUCACCGUACACACAGAAAUGCACAAAAAAAGGUUUGUCAGUCAUUUGUUUUGCAAGUUUUGUCGCAGGAAGUUCAUGCAUUUGAAGCGGUUGCGGAACCACGAGACGGUGUGCCCGAAAGCACAGAGGGGCUCGCCUGAACACGAGCCCCAAGGCAAAGAGGACGGGGCAGACCAUUAUUCAGACAGCAUGCCAAGCAUGGACAAUACAGCAACUGAUGUCCAGUUAUCUCCUCCUGAACUCCCUGACCCUUUCCUUUCAACCAGCCUCCAAAUGAACCCCACGUCAAAAACACUGCAGGCUGUAGAUAGGUUAGUGAAACCUAGUGGAGGCCAGAGGGUCUAUAACUGCAGUGUGUGUAAACGGGCAUAUGUGACCGUCUCCAGUCUGAAGCGCCACGAGAAUGUGCACUCCUGGCAGAGGGCGUACCCCUGUCACUACUGCAAUAAAGUGUUUGCCCUAGCCGAGUAUCGCACCAAACACGAGAUCUGGCACACAGGUGAGCGUCGCUACCAGUGCAUCUUCUGCUUAGAGACCUUCAUGACCUACUACAUCCUAAAAAACCACCAGAAGGCCUUCCACGGAAUCCAUCCCAGAUUGUCUGUGAGUAAGAAGUCAGCAAAUGGUGGAUUUAAGGGCAGCGUUUACCCCAUCAAACUCUACAGGCUUCUGCCUAUGAAGUUUAGAAAGAGACGGUAUAAGACUUACAGUCAGACCUAUUCAGAGGAGCUGGAGGUCAGCGAGCAGGCCCCGUUGGGCUGCAGCUCUCCCAUCCUUCCAUUUGAAGAUGUUGGCGCUAUGGGUAAGCAAGAUGCUGCUUUAUUCUCAAUGCCUGUGACAUUCAUGGCCACUCCAAAAGUGGUAGCAUCAGUAAUGCCACGCAUCAGUUUUGAUCAGCCCUGUGACCAAGAUGUAGACCAUGAUGCAGGCACAGGAAAACAGGCCUCUCACUCCAAACGUAAUGGGCCUCCAUAUAGCUAUACAACCCCCUUGGCCAUAAUGCAGGCAGGUGGGGAGUCCCCUGCACUGGACUAUGGAGAUGGUGCUGCAUUCCAAGGUUUUAAGAACCCGGAGGGCAACAGUCAUAAUCUACCGUUCCUAAAAAUCAACCCACACAGCUCUCUAAACAGGCUAUGUGAGCUCUCAGCUGCAGCACAGAGAAUUGAAGCCAUGACCAGUCAGCUUUUUAUGCCAGAGGCUGAGAGCCUGGCGCCUAGCAAGACUGCAAGGGGGGAAACUGAAACGUACAUCGCCACGCCUGCGUGUCCAGGUCCCUCCGUGGAUGGUCACGUUCUGCCACUCUGCCAGAUCACAGUGAAAAUUGGCAACGAGGCCAUCAUUCGCCGGAGGAUCAAGGGCUCCAAGCUGUUCCCCAGGAAGAGGAAAAGAAGCAGCGGGAGCCAGGUAGAGGAGAGGUGUCGGGACCAGGGCCGGCCUGCAGAGGGCAGCAUGGAGAGCUCCAGCCUCCGCUUCAGGACAGAGGUAAUUUCUGUCAUAGAGCCAGAGCCAUGCGAUGACCACACUGACCGUGAAACAGCUGACAAGCUCUGGCGUCCCUAUUACUCUUACAAACCCAAGAAGAAGAGUAAGAAACUGAGAUCCAAACACAGAAAAGAGAGACGUCAUCUACGCUAUUCCAUGACAUCCUCAAUAGUGCCCAGGGCCAGAAAAGACUACCUGGAUAAAGGAUGCAGAAGCGCUGAAGAGAGCAGCGAGGGCACAGAGCUGAAACAACGUCUCAGAAACACCAGCCCAAAGACGACGUACACCUGUGACAUCUGUGCAAGCACCUUCAUAACGGCAUCGGGUCUGAGAGCACAUAUCAUUGGCUGCCACCCAACUUUCUGUCGGACCUGCGCAAAGCAGUGUCCCCCCAGGGAAACCUCCAGUGCCAGCUGCGAGACCGCUGAGGACAGCAGGGAUUACAUAUGCAAGAGCUGUAUGGAAAAUGGCUCCUGCUUUGACAAUUGUGCCCGCAGCCCCAGCACAGAGAAGCGGUAUCACUGCUCCUUCUGCCCCCAGCGCUUCCUCUACCUCGCAACCAAGAAGAGCCAUGAGAAAAAACACAAGGAGACAGCAGGAAAGGGGUACAGCAACGACGACUACACCACAGUCCCAAAACGGCCAGCAACUUUGGACUUAGGCCUAAAUCUGAAAAAGCUUGUCAUCAAAACAGAGGAAGGGGAGGAUCAAUAUAGCAUCGACAAGGAGAGCAAAGCACCAGCGGGAUCACUAGGCAGCUUUUCAACAGAGAAGAUAGAGCCUAAGCACGAGGAAUGGGACACCUUUUCUCUUUCCCCUUCAGAGAUGCAGUAUGGAAAGCUUUCCCCUUCAGAAAAGCAGUAUAGAAAGUCUAAAAAGCGCUUUGAACACAAACGGCAACAUCAGAAAAGCCUCACUUCCAAAAGGCAGAAGCAAGUAGACUUUAUGGGUAGAGAGACACCCAGUCAUAAGGCCCCUCUGACCACACCAGGAGAAGACAGUCAUUUUAGCUAUGGGCAGUCUUCUUCUACACGUCUGAAAAGAGAUUCAGUCACCAGGGGAACCACUCGCCCAAGUCAGAGAAGUGUACAUACAGUGUAA